CCCGGGGCGGACUAUCUUAGUAACUAGGUACCUAUAACGUGGGUGACUACCGCUAAUUACCCGGCGCAUUUGCUCUGUCGCAAGCUCUCACAUCAACCAUGGAACCUAAUCCAGACUUAUACAGUUGUGUAUAAAUCGAGAUAACUUCGGCAUAAAGCUCGAAGCCCAACUUACGCAACCAUCCCUUGAACCAGGAAAUACCAAGACUCGGCUCUUCAAGCUUUCAUAGCUCCAUACAUCAUACAAUAGCUCUGAAUAGCAACAAUGGCAGCUCCGCCGCCGCCACCUCAAGGAGGGCUAUCUCUCUAUGAGAAUCUGCUGGAUCCCAACGAUACGUCUUCAACCUCAGCGACAAUAUCUUCAGCCCCUGUUCUGUACAGCCAAGCAGAAGACACAUCUGCAGAAAUUGCCGUCAAGAAGCCCAUUGAUCCCGCUCUUCGCUUUCAACCUAUACGUCGUCCACAGGUGAAGCAAGCCAAGCCAAAGCCGGCAUUCCCCAAGCCAGCUGUUUCUAAGCAGGCUUUGAAUUCUGCUACUCCCGCUCCUGUGCAACCGAAGACUACGCUUGCAGACUGGGCCGCAACCGAGGAAGAUGAGUGGAUGUAUGGUAUGGGUGAAAAGCGUCAGCGUGGAGGUCGCAAGAAGAAGAAAAAGAGACAACAAGAGGAAUUUGAGACGAAUUGGGACGAUAUUUAUGACCCUACACGGCCAACUAAUGUUGAAGAGUACUUGCAUAGUGAUGAGAAAGUCCAAGAGGUCAGAGAUUGGAAAGCCUUGCUUUAUAGGCACCGGCGUAAACGCGACGAAAGCGACCUCUCAGACGAGGACGAGGACGAACAAACCCGUCAUGUUUCCUCAAAUCAGUUCGCUCCACCUUCGUCAUAUGCUUUCGUACCACCACCGCCUCAAUCACCCCCAGCACCACCUCCAGGCGAUGUUAGUGGGGACGAUGCAUUUACUCGCCGCUUAGCUAUAUCUCAAAGGGACGCUCCUCCUCCUGCUGCACAGGCAUCACCCUCUCAGCCUUCUAAUCCAGCCACCAUAUCACGCGCUCCCGUAAGAUAUUCAAAGCCACAUGACAACGAAGACGCAACAGGGGAUAAUGUCGAAGACGAUGCGUAUUCCCCGCCUCCAGCUCUUGGGUCUAGUCUUCCGGAACAACCUGAUGACGAUUCUCGGGCUCGAUCAAGCCGUCCAGGCCAGUCUGGUUUUGCCCAUCGAUUGAUGAGCAAAUACGGAUGGACAAAGGGCAGUGGCCUCGGUGCCGAUGAGUCAGGAAUUGUCAAUCCUUUGCGUGUUCAAGUCGAGAAGCGGCGGAAGAAAGCCGACGCAGAUGGUGGAGGAUGGGCCGAGCCAGGUGGUAAGGGUAAGAUUAUUGGUGGGAAGCGCAAAGAGGAAAAUGCAGGCAAGUUCGGUACUAUGAGUGAUGUCAUAGUACUGCGCAAUAUGCUUGAAAAUAUGCCUAAUCUCGAGGAGGAGAUUGCAGGAGGUUUGGGACAAGAGAUCGGAGAAGAGUGUGGAGAAAAGGUUUGUGAAAGUUAUGUCCUUUUUCAGGCAUGAUAUAAUUAACAAAGAUACAGUACGGGCGCGUGGAGAGACUAUACAUUGACCAGGAAAGUCGCAGAGUGUUUAUCAAGUUCACAAAUCAAGUUUCAGCCCUUCGGGCAGUCAAUGAACUAGAUGGUCGUGUAUUCAAUGGCAAUGCAAUAGUUCCCGAAUUCUUCGAUACAGAAAAGUUUGAGCAGGGGAAAUACCACUAAAAAGAGUGCUUCUUAUGACAGGUCAAGGCUAGGCAGUGGGACAGAAGCAAAGAUUAAGAGGCAGAAACAAGCAUGAUGAUACUCAAAUAUUGUCAACAUGGAGACAUAUCCAUUGCAGAUUUGGAGGAAACAAAUUUGCCCAACCAGAGUCGGCAUUUAGCAUGAAACGAGUGAUAUUCCAGUAAAUAUACUCGUAUAGCCUCCCCCUCUCAGGCGUUGGUGUUGUCUUGAGUGUCAUGCUCCUCAGGAGGGACAAAGCUAGAAGAUAGAUAGAUGACUAAAGCACGUUUCACUCAAUGCUUUAACCAAGGAACCUGGUAAG